AUGUCUGAGAAAUCCAAAGUCCUUGAAACCAGGCCCUCCCUCGACUCUGAGUCCGAGGCUGGCCCGUCAGCGCCCAACGAGGCACCACCGCCAUCCUUCCAAGAGUCCGUCGAGAACGACGCCGCAGCUUUCAAAACCCAGUUCGCGUGCGUCGAGAUCCGUCCGUCGGAUCGUAUCAGGCUCAUCAAUUUCGACGAGACCGACAUAUCGGCCGUGCAUCAGGUGGUGAGGACCACCUGGUCCAGGGGCGUCGACAGGGUGCGGCCCUUUGGUGAAUCGAGAGAGAUGAAGCUCCAUGGGACUCCUUGGAGCUAUAGAUCCAACGGAGACGACGAUGCUCGACGGCUGCUGCUGCGUAUUAUUGAAUGUUUGCACGACAUUGGCUGGGUACUCCAGUCCGCCUUUGACAUUACCAAGAACUCAUCAAGCAGAGACAGCCUGGUAUUCCGGAAGCAAGAACCCGCACCUUCGCCCUGCGACUGGAUAGCCGUCUCAUUCGAUAGUAAUGACAAGCUCAAGAUAAUCGGCUCCCCGCCGCCAGAACUAGUCACCCGACUUCUCCAGGCCUUUAGCGUUGAGAUCCAGAGACACGAGGCAACGGCGGACCGCGUCAAGAUCAAGUUCUGGGGCCAUCCGUGGACACCAUCGGGCCAGGAUACCGUGACGACGAGCCUCAAGCUCCUGUCUCUGCUCGAAGUGCUCGAGAUCUGCGGCUUCACCCUCUACGGUACCGUGGGCGCACGACACGAGGACGAUACCGCAUCGGCAGACGUCAUGAUUUGUCAGCGGCAGAAGGAUUGGAUACCUGGGGCGCCGAUUCUGCAUCGCUAG